AUGUUUCAGAGAACUUUCCAUUAUGAUUCCAAGUAUUGGAGCGACAAAAAUUCCUUCAACUUACCAGGAGGAAAAACUGGGUUUGACUCGCAAGAGACCAAGUUACCGACAUACUGGAAUACACCUUUCUCCAAGAUCUGUCUUGGUAUGAAGGUUGACCAACAGCUCAACUUUAUUGUCAUUAACAGAGAGGCUGAAUCUUUGUACUCACUGCUUGCUGAUGGAAAAUACCGCAAUACCUCACUGGGUCGGGACACAUGGAAGACGCUGAUAGGCUCGCAGGCUUCCUUGCAGCUUCACUGCAACAUGGAGGGCUUCAAUUGUGAUGGUGUAAAGACUAAAACAAGGAUUGGGAUCGUUUCUAACGAGUAUUUGAAUACCUGCGAUCAAUGUGAUUCAAGAAUUGGUUUUGGUGGCGCAGGAGUAUAUGACGAUAAUAACUCGUGUGGUAACGUUGCUGUUUGGAACCCUGACAAUGGUGACAAAUACAUUAAAGCCAUGGGAUACAUUUUUGUUCAGUAGAAUAGCUUUUAAAUUUUACCUGUGAUAUGUACAACAGACCUUUUAAGGAAGCGUCCACCCUGAUGGCCUGAUCCAUUUGCCAGUCGUCAGCAUCUAAAAAAAUUUGUUUUUUUAAAAAGGCUACCUUUCCGUAAACGUUACAUAAAACCAUCGAGAUUCUUGUAGAGGACUGUUGAAAAUUAUAAAAGCCAUCUUAAGGGUUUUUAAUGUGUCAAACUUUGCUCCCCUCCAAAGCGGCUCUUCAUUAUAUCAUGGUCAUUUUAUUGCAGAUGCUUUCGUUAUAAACACGGUUGAGGUCUCAAAUAAGGAAAAGACAAACAUGUCAUAUUCCAUCACGUUUCUGAUCGCAGCGGAAGCACAGGGUUAUAUUUUCGUAAGAAAUGCGGAAAAUAGCGCAAUUUCACAGAAGAGAGAAAAUCGAUGGCACUACGUUUAUUUCUAAUUUAUUUCUAAUUUAUUUCCUAAUAGUUGAGUUGGUGCAGGUUGAUUUGUGUGGUUCAGACAAUGGCAAGCCGAGUUAUGGGUACUUUUGUUGCUAUCAGUCGUCGCGAAGCUACAUCGCGUCUUACACUUCGACACUUAUUUAAGCGGAUUAAACUCCGUGCAGUAAUUUUCUUGCUUUGCUUUUACUGAUAUUUUUAGUUAAUUAUCCUUUAUUUAUGCAUUCGGAAUGCAAAGUUAAGACUAGAGGGCUUAAAGUGUCAUCGAUCCCCCUUCAUAAAGCGAUUUUUUGAGUCUGAUAAAUCGCAACUUUUUUUAUGUUCUCUUGGUACUGCUUACCUUUGAAAUUUUCAUUUGUGACCUAAUGCUGACAAAAAUAAGCUGUCAUGUAGGCUCUCUCAGCGGUUCUAUGAAGUGUUUUGUGGUUUUCAAAAUUUUUUCAUCAUAAAUCACUAUAAUUUAGGGGCGUGAUGUCGACUCGAACCCUACUUGCAAUUCGCGGGAAAAAAAAGAACCUCUUUACCACGUUUCUCUUAAGGACAGACAAACUGUGAAGGGGGCCCUCCGCCAUUCAUAUUUUAAAGCCAUAUUUUAUCUUUUCACUUUCAGUGAAUAAUUGCCAUGGUCAUGCAUUCCAACGUGUUUGUAGAUUUGCUUGAGAUAUUUUCGUAAACUGAUGUGAUUUUAGAUCAAGCCUCCAAUGUUGGCUGCGGUGAUUAAAGAAAGGGAGGACAGAGUGAAAUUUUCCCGUUAAUGGCAAAAUGUCUCUAGAAUAACUUUUAUUUUGAGUCCAAAUAAUGGAACUCUUUAAACAGUUAAACCUUCCCAGAUUGCCAUAUCAGCUAUGAUCGCCAUGCGACCAAAUUGCCGAUCUACUGGAGUACACCAUCAUUAAGGUCUGUCACGGCAUGUUGAUUAACUAACAGCUCGGAUUUACAAUCAUAAUCAAGCCAGAUGCCUCUUUGUACCAACACGGGCCACUUCACCGAGUCGUAUUACUUGGCCAUGGAUGACCAUCCAUAGUACACAAUAAUUCACAAUGCCAGAGUUGUAUUUUCGACACUUGGACGCCGUCGGCUGGGCAACACCUGAACGUUUACGUAAAACUCACUUUGAAACACAAAUUUACAAAAUUAUGUACACGUGCAAUAGGCAAUUGUUCAAAAAAGUGCUCUCUAUUUAAGGCAAAGCUUGAAUAUUAUAAACGGACAACUGAGGAUGCAUGUCUUUGCAAUCAAUUUCGACUAGUUUUUUUUUUGUUAUUCUACAUUUGUUAAUGGGUUUCCUUUACUCUUUGUGGUGGCCAAUUUAUGUUUUCCACCUAGUUGUUAACACUAAAUUAUCUACUAACUCUCCCACCGACGCAGCACCAUAGUUUCUUUAGAAACUUACCCCCUUUAUUCCUGAAAGAAAGAUUGGCAUGAAUUGUUUUGGCUUUGUUUCUUUCAAACAGGUGAUGAGCACCGGGUUGUCUGAUAAUUAUAAUAAUAGAUCGUAAAUCGUUGGGCCGUUGAAAAAUUUACUCAUCACGGCCUCUGCAAUGGUUGGUGAUCGUGUUAAUUCUCUUUUGGAGAAUCGGUUUUACCUUGCAGGAUAAGGAAAGGCCAAAGUGCAUAGCAUUUUCUGACAUCUUUUCAAGCCUUUUUUAUUUUCCGCUGUCUAUCUUUUCUCCCUUCACUAUUCGUGCGUCUUGUCACAAACUCACUCUGAGGCAACAAACUGUAAAUGAAUUGUAAAUCUGUUGUCAAAGCUCUCGUUGAGAGGCGAAGGCAAUAUUGUGAUCUCGUGAAAUUUGUUUUUAAACGGUUAGAGGUUUGAGGUUAGGGUUAUAGUGAGUUUUUUUUUGUAAUUUAGUUCAAAAGUUAGAAGAGAUAAAUUUGUUGCUUUUCCUUCUCUCUAUUGGAUGGCCAACUGAAUGUGUUAACCGGGCAAUCUUUUUCGGUAUAUUCUUAGUCUGUAAUUUACAAAAUAUUCAUCAAGUUCCUCCAUUUACUGAGACUGGAAAUGAAUGUUGAGUACCAAGACACUUAGUUUGCGAGGAUCGAAGGAUUCUUGUGCGUGAAUCGACACCUUAGGCGCCAGGCUCUACUCAUUUUCUGAGUGAGUAUGGUGCCCCUUCAUAGUGGUGGGUAUGCUAAUAAGCCAUCUUUGCCUCGCAUCUUAGUGAAUAUUAUAUUGUUUUAUUCAGGUUAUGAGGACUUAUUUUCACGAAUAUAGAUGAAUUGCAAUUAAGCCCGCCAUUAAUGAAAGAGGUUCCCAGUAUAAUUGAAAUCGAAGGUAUGACAACAGCUAAUUGCAUUUCCCUGAGAGCCGAUAAGAACUACGAGUGAAUAACACCAAGCUUCCUGAAAAGGGAAAACGGGAAGGAGAACGACUUUUGCCUCGCAAUGGUGUUAUCAAGCUUAAAUUGGCGAGAACCACAUGAAAACUAGUAAAGCAACCGAUGUCUAAGAGAAAAAAAUGCUACUUUUUACCUUUUCCCAGAUCGUUGCCGACGACUUAAGUUUGGCUCACCAGUUUAUAACAUAACCCUUGUUGGUCAUAUAAUUAAGAAAAUUAUUUGAAGAUCGGAAAUGCGUAGCUCUCAUAGAGAGCGAUGUUCUUUGAACGACAACUCUGUGUCGUACAACGUCGGCCCUGCAAUAAAAAACCAAGUUUCAUUUCAACUGAGUGAUUCUGAUCAUGUCCAGCAUCCGGAGGAUCUUGUUCCUAGAGGGUGGUUUAUGUAUCAGAGCAGUGAGAUGAGAUAUUUCAUAGUUGUUUAUAUUUCAAUCAAAAACGAAUUCAUGCAACGCUGUGAGCAGUUGCUGCUGCACUAGCUGUUGAAAAACAAAGAAGCGUUUUUAUAUUGUUGGUACAUUAUCAGCAGGCUUCUAUGCGGCUAGUAUUAGCUUUCAGACGUACAAGACGAAGACUUACGAAGACGCUUACAUAGAGCUCGCUUUCGAAACUGUCCUUGAUCGAGGUCCUCGCGUCCGGCGGAGUUAUGGUUCGAGAUUGGAACCAUGUAUUUUACUUCGCUUUCUUUUUAUCCUGCCGAUCUUUUGGUUGCAGCUUGAACCACUUGUGCUGGCUUCGAUAAUUCCAGUGGAAGGAGAGCUACUCGUUGAAGCCAAUUGUUCUUCAAAUUGCCGCCAGUGAGUGGGCUAGGGUACGAGUCAGACACUCGCUUAAAUUCCUUGUUUCCCUCAAACGAAAACUGAGGGUCAGAUGGACAAGGAAGAAAAUUUGUGUCCUGCCAUCGCGGGUGAAAGACUACACUAGCGGACAAAAACGUAUUUUUCCCUCUUAAAUUUAUCUAGGCAUGUCUUACGGACGAUGACAGUUCAAUGGUUUAAAAAAAAAACUCGUUUGGUUUGCCAAAAUUUGGAAGCCUCCGAUGCAGGAUAUCGGCUCCUUUGAAGAUUGGCAAAAUUUUGUUCACUCGGGCCUAAGUACGUAAUUUACAAAACUCCACAUUAGUUCUUCUAUUUGUUGAUAUCCUGAGAAUAGCUUUAAAUGUUAUGAACAUUUGUUCGCGAGGAUCGAACAAUUAUUGUACGAGAAUCGACACCUCAGGUACCCUGGUGAAUGGCCGGUAUGCGGAUUAAUAUAGAGCUAUUAAAUUAUGAUGGGCAUGAUCAUCAUUAUUUUAUGCGCAUGUAACUAAGGCCUCUUGGACACACAUUAAAGAACAAGUCUCUGUAAGAAUCAAACAUCUUGGGAAAUGAAAAUUUUCUACCAUCCUUCAAAUUUUGCAUGCAGUUAGGCACUCAGGGGGUAUACACAAAAAUUCCAUUUUUAAAGGUUGCAGCAUUCUUGUGGCCAUGGUAAUAACGGUUGCUUGUUCGAGGGCUGGGGCCUCAUUUUCAUACAAAAACGUUGCAAAAAUAGAGUGAAAUGUUUAUUUCUCUAUCUCAAGCUAAAUACAACAUUACAAAUUAGCACUUCUAACAUACAUAGUGACAUCAUUCGUCUUCACACUGACACAUUCAAUUUUCCCUGGGAGUGAAUGUGAACACACCAAUAGAUUAUUCAUCCCCGUACAGUUUUGGUCAUUUUUGUUGUCGUGUAAAACAGGGAAGACGUUUAUCUGAAUUUCUCCAAAAGUACACCGAUUCUGGAACUGAAACUACCCACCUAGCUGGUUAUAAUAUUCUAGUUUUUAAAUAUGUAAGAAUCUCUGCGGGCCUGACUCUACUUUCCAUAGGGGUAAUUCGCGAACGAAGCUCAAAAAUCAGAUAUUUCAGACAAAUGAAACGUGCAAGGCUUUGAAAGAAUGUUAUCUUAUGAGCAAUAUCCCGAAGAGAAAUCUCGCCUCUGGUCGUCAUCUUUUAAAAAAAAUUGAUCAACCCUCAUGGAGGACUACUCGACGUAACUACAAACAUAUACCUCAAAUCGUGUGCAUAUCAUCCAGACUCCGAGUGCUGCAUAUUCUUUCACGGGAAUUUGAGCGAUCCGAAGUCCUCUGAGGAUACACUAUUAUACUUGCAUGUCAUUUAAAACAUGUUGAAUUCGGCUGAUGUACACGAAACUAUCCUCACACCGGUCAUUUGUCAUAAACAUGUACGUUGUCACGAUGGCGUGACGCUGUAUUUCUCCGUGAAGUUUCCAUCGGUUGCUCCAAAGAAGACGAGAAAUGGAUAUUUUUCAUAUAUGUUAUAACUCCCAGGGAAAAUUGAAUGUGUCAGUGUUAUGACGAAUGAUGUCACUAUGUAUUUUAGAAGUGCCAAUUUGUAAUGUUGUAUUUAGCUUGAGAUAAAGAAAUAAACAUUUCACUCUUUUUUGCGACGUUUUUGUAUGAAAAUGAGGCCCCAGGCCUCGAACAAGCAACCGUUGCAACCAUGGCAACAAAAGUGCUGCAACCUCUAAAAAGGGCAUUUUUGUGUAUACCCCCUGAGUGCCUAACUGCAUGCAAAAUUUGAAGGGGGGUUGAAAUUUUUCAUUUCCCAAGAUGUUUGAUUCUUACAGAGACUUGUUCUUAAAGAGCCACGUUCAACCAGUGCACUUUGCACUUUAUUAUCUGGUAAUGCAAUGCUGUUUCGCGAAAACCAUGAAACGGCAGUGACCGUAGCAAAAAUAGAAAAAAAAAGUAUUAACAACUGGAGCACAAAUAAACCAUUAGUUUGGAAGAGUAUUGGUAUUAUGACAACGUUUUCUGUUUGUAGAGUACAAACCAAAAACAAAAUAGAAGAAUUUUUCAGACGUGCAAACUGCACCACCAUAAAACCAAAUUCAUGGCUGAAAUACCAAACUCCGAAUUCAUGUUCUUAGAUACUAAAGUGUGCAAUGGCGAGAGGUUUAACAAGGAGUCGACCUUUAAUAUGCAAACGAAUUACAAAGUGACAGAUAUUCCGGUAUCCAAAAUUUCUUGACAAAUCCCAAAAAAACCAUCGGUGGAACUAAACUAACUGACUGUAAAUUUUAAUGACUGAUUUCGCAAUCUUGAUUUUAACAAUUUCUCUCUGAUUUAAAUCGGAGAGCGUUCUUGACUAUGUUUUUACGGCUUACUGCAAUGGAGGUAAAAGGGAAGUGAUUGAAAAUAGCAGGUGAUCAAAAUACAUUCCUUCAUAAAAAGACAAACAUUUUUUCUCUGUGUAAAGAGUCUGUUCGAUAAUUCGAAGCGAAAUUUGACCUUCUUCUUGACACGAAGGAAAGCCGUUUAAACUGCAAUAGUGCAUGUCAUCGAAAAAAACCCUCGACAUGUAAAUCUUGAAAACAUACAAGCUAAAAUCUUUAAAGAUAUUUACAACCUCUCUAGGAAGUUUAUAUAAAUAUACAAAUUGUCUUGGAAUUUAUGGUGCGAGCAAACCUAUCUAAAGAUGUCGGAGAUGAUACCCAAACAUUGGAAAACAUAGUUUGUGUUGCCGGCUGGAAAGAUGAUAUAAACAACCAUUUGAUGAUCAUCGCAAGAAAUAACUUUUUUUUUUUCCUUUUGGGCUUUUUUGGUAAUACUCUGAUCUUAAUCGCCCUUAGCAAGGAAUCUUCUCUUCAUCCGCCAGCCAAACUGUUGUAUCGUUGUCUGGCAAUAACUGAUCUCUGCGUCGGUCUCAUAUCAGAGCCCUCGUCUGUUGUUUAUUGGCUGUCCUUAGUUCGUGAGGAUUGGAAACUUUGUCACCAUGCUCUGAAGAUGAGUUUUCUAAGCUACUAUAUUCUUUCUUUAGUUUCUCUCUUAACGAUGAGCGAAAUAAGUGUGGACAGACUUCUCGCCUUGUUGCUGAGGCAGAGAUUCAGGCACGCUGUAACUCUGAAACAAACUUACGUAAUUGUUGUCAUCAUUUGGGUUUUUUCGAUAACCGCUGGGAUAUCGCAUUUUAUAAAUUACCGCGUAACCGGCUGGUGUAGCUAUGGCGUUAUACCGCGUUUUAUCACAUAAACUGCGGUGUUAUACAGGGAUUUCUGGCCCUGAGAAAAGCCGUAACAACACACGAGAAAAAAUAUGGUAUUUUUUUUUAAGUGUGAUGAUAUAGCCAAUCAGCUGCUGACACAUCACUCGCCUUUGGCGCCACUCGGUCAGGUUGGUGAAUGAACGGCAAAGCCUUCACGAUUCUAAAUACAAGUUUUUUGUUAGAACUAAAACGCUAAAAAUUCCGUAUCGUUGACAGACAGUGAGGUUCAAACUUUCUCAGAAGGGGGAAGAAAACCAUUAUACUUAAAGAAAAACCGAAAGUUACGUAUUCAGUGGCUUUGGUGUUAGCAUUUCUUUCGGCUGAGAAUGAAAAUCGACUACUGGAAGAUUUGCCACCAGCCGAUUUUGGCCGUCUACCUGAAAGACUUCUUCUGUCGGUAAGGACAAAGUCAAUAAAUGAGAAUUUUGUGAAUUGAAAAUUUACGACCAUUGUUGUUUUUAUAAUCAUGAUUCAACGCAUCUUUCCAUCUAAGAAUUAGCGCCAACGCACUCCACGAUUGUUAUUCGGGGAUUGUCAAUUCAUUUAUUUUCAUUCAUUAAAAUACCUUGACGGCAUGACAUCUCCUCCUCAAUUUCAAAUCAAUAUCUAGUUUCUCCAUUUAUGAAUGAGUUUCCUUAAUUUAUAAUUUGUUCUUCUUCUUUCGAUAAAACAGGUGAUUAGUAUCCGACAGUCUAAUUCCUAAAUCGGGGCGCCACUCAAAAAUUGGUUCGUUGCUGUUGCAUUAAGUUGGCAAGGGCGAUCUGGAACAAAUGUUUUCAAAGAAAAUCCGAGAAUGAAAUUCAGUUCUUCAACCAUGAAAUUCUUGCUUUUUGUGCUCCCUCUCUUUUGGAGAACGACUUUUACGCUUAAAAGUAAGUAGAGUUCAAGUUUUUCUUCCUUUAUUGAUUUCCGUUGUUUUACAAUCUUCCCCUUUUUUUUUUUUUUGCUGUUUUUUUCAGUGAUAGACGCCAUAAAUCUUUAGUUAGGCUGAUUUAUAAGAACUGCUUAUGGAUAGUGAAAUCUGUAUUCAAGACUUUCUUCAAUUGGGGAAUAUAAGGUCGUGCUUUAGUGGGAAAAUUUUGACACCAAACGAGUCGUUUUAGUUUCUGUUGUGAUGUGAAUGGUAAUUUCAUUUAGACAGAAGACCUUUACACUUAGUUACAAGCCAACGGCUAUGAGUUUUUCCUUCCUUUUUCAGUUUUUUUCUUUUCUUUUUCGCAUAUUCGUGUAAAAUUCGAGUAAAAGUUUUUUGAAUUUCAUUGAACAAAUUAACAACUGUUUGUUUGAAAGAAAGUCAUCACUUAUAGUCAUUCGUCGCCAAAAACCUUAUUAUACCUGCAAACUGUUAUUGCUGAUACUGGCAGACAUUGUCGCUAACGAUUGCCAUUGUCAUUAAUGUUACUUAAGAGCAAGUCUCUGUAAGAAUCAAACAUCUUGGGAAAUGAAAAUUUUCAACCCCCUUCAAAUUUUGCAUGCAGCUAAGUACUCAGGGGGGAUGCACAGAAAUGCCUAUUUUAAAAGUUACAGCACUCUUGUGGACAUGGUAACAACGGCUGCUUGUUCGAGGCCUGGGGCCUCAUUUUCAUUCAAAAACGUCACAAGAAAAGAGUGAAAUGUUUAUUUCUCUAUCUCAAGCUAAAUACAAAAUUACAAAUUGACACUUCUACCAUACAUAGUGACAUCAUUCGCCUUCACUUUAAUACAUUUAAUUUUCCCCGGGAGUGAAUGUGAACACACCAAUAGAUUAUUUAUCUCGGUACAGUUUCGGUCAUUUUUGUUGUCGGGUAAAACAGGGAAAACGUUUAUCUGAAUUUCUCCAAAAGUAUACCGAUUCUUGAACCGAAACUAUCCACCUAGCUGGUUAAAAUAUUCUAUUUUUUUAAAUAUGUAAAAAUCUCUGUGAGCCUGCCUCUACUUUUGUAUGUCAUUUAAAACAUGUUGAAGUCGGCUGAUCUGCACGAAACUAUCCUCACACCGGUCAUUUGUCAUAAACAUGCACGUUAUCGCGUGACGCUGUAUUUCUCCUUGAAGUUUCCAUCGGCUGCUCCAAAGAAGACGAGAAAUGGACAUUUUUCAUACAUGUCAGCAGGUUUCCGCUUUCUGAAGUAAAAACAACCAAAAAAAAAAGAGGAAAACCACGAUCGAACGCUCGUAAACACUUAGAAUCUGAGAGUAUAAAUCGUAACUUGUCAGUGGUAACUGCAACUGUAUAGUAUAGUUUUCGCUACUGGCAGACACUUCUUAAUUCUUUUAACUUAAUACUUUUAUUAUUUUAUUUUUUGAAUUUAUUACAUUACGUAACCUUGGUACGAAAAUCUGUCAAUUAAUACAGCAGUCUCACUAGAAGAAAAAAGAUCUAAAGAUCUUAAAGUGAUGUAAACAACGGCCUACUUAAUCAACCAACGAUACCUUGUUUCCAAUUAAAUGUAAUUCGUGUAAAGCGAGAUAUUAAGGCAAGAUUGGAAAACACGACAAGGGCCGAGUAAUCUUUAAGAACAAGUAAUCUGUGCGAAAGAAGUGAAAAAUAAAAACCGAAAGUUGCGUAUUCAGUGGCCUUGGUGUUAGCAUUUCUCUCGUCCGAGAAUGAAAAUCGACAACUGGAAGAUUUGCCACUAGCCGAUUUUGGCCGUUUACCUGAAAGACUUCUACUGUCGGUAAGGACAAAGUCAAUAAAUGUGAAUUUUGUGAAUUGAAAAUUACGACCAUAGUUGUUUUUGUAAUCAUGAUUCAACACAUUUUGCCAUCUUAAGAGUCAGCGCCCACACUCUACGAUUGUUAUUCGAGGAUUGUCGAUUCAUUUAUUUUCAUUCAUUAAUGAAGUCGGCUUUUCUUCCCAGUAAAGGGCUAUUGUGUUUAUAUAAUAGACAAAAUAAGACAUGGUUGCUUGGAGAUCUUCUCGUGUUCAACUCGACAUCUCACUCGUUGCGCUCACUCGUGAGCUAUGGAGUUAAACACUCGAAGAGAAAUUCAAUAUCUACGCGCGCCCAUGUGUUAUUUUCUAUGUCUUUCAAACCUUCGUUUCAUAUAUAACUAUAUAUUGCGACGUUAGGUUUUCGCGCAUUAAACUGAACUUCGCGAGAAACGUACAAUAACGGGAGAAAAUAAUUCUGUAGAGACCACUCGGCUUGCGAGAACGGAAACUCGUCACGAUUCCCUGGUACACGACGAUCUACUUCAAAUGAGCUUUUACAGAAGACAAGGAUAGGACAGCGCUUUUGGUUCCACAGUAGACUUUUAUUCGUAGCGCACUCUAACAUACAUCAUGUCAGAGUCAGAAAUAAACUUGUAGUCGGCUCCCAGUCGUCUAUGUAAUCGAGAAAGCUUUACAAAGUACUUGCUUCAAUAUGAACUGGUGUGAGGUUCCAGUGUUCUCUAAAUCUACCAUAUUUGAACAGUAUAACAAAAGAAGCGGAAAAGGUCUCUUUGAAGUAAACGAUUUCUACUUAAAUAUUCCAUCUAUAAGAAUUAAGGAAGAGGAUGCAAUAAACUCUAGACCAUUAAAAAUAGGAAACUUAGGCGAGAAUUCACAGCUGUGAUAUUGAAAAUAUACCUAUCUUUGGGGUUGGAAGCUGAUUAAUGAAUAACGAGGUUUAAGUUAAAAGUAAAUAAUGAAUAAUUGGGUUUGGAAACCUCGGGAAUAAUGAAUAACGUAGUCAAGCCAAUGGAAUAAUAAAUACCACUUUCCUAUUCGAUUGCCUUGUUUAUGUAUUUUCUGAUAUAUCUAAAAUCAACAAUGUGCAGAGUAAAACUACAAUAGACGCAAAAAGUCUCCCGGCGAAACUUCUAGCCGAAAGUGUUUCGAGUUCUAAGACAACUUCACAGCUUGGCAGCUUGACAGGUUUUCUGUCAAAUGUCCUAUUAUGGCACCGUUUGACGUUUAAUUCGCGAGUUUGUGUCUGGUCGGUUGUCGAAAGGGUAAUAAUGGUAAAAGCAAGAAAGAAAAAAAAAGAAGUCGCGAUCAAUGGUAAGGCAAUUUUAUAUCUAUAUUGGUUUGUGCGCCGAUUUCAAGUCUAUUCGAAUCUAUCUUUUUAAUGCUUUGGAUAUGAUAAAAGUCUUUCCCUCGGCAAACGUUCAUGCACCUGGUCACCUGAAAGACGGCGCCGUCCAAGGCGGUCAACCAGCAGGUCAGUACCAAACAGAUUUUGCGAUCGAUUUGUGAUACGAUGAUGACAACAAUGAAAAGUGAAUCAGAAACUUCGAAUAAACUUCUUCAUGACAUCAGUACAAAACUUUUUUGACUAUUCACCCUUUUUUCUUUCUCCCUAUCCAGGUCGCAAUCCCCAAAGAGACGCCGGAAGGAUGAAUCGAGGUACGGAUUUCCAUUCUGUGUGCGUAUUUCGACGAAAUAAUCAGAGAAUUCCAGUAAGAAAUUUCCUCGCAUCAUGAUCAUAAAGUGGCGCGCAUCGCCUUUGAGAAACGACUACGUCCAGAUCAAGUCAACAAUUACAAACGCUGCGAAGCAAUUCCCUUGUAGAUCGAUUAUGAUCGAGUAAUAGUAAAAUAAAUUUGGAGAAAUUGAUUUUGAAGGAUGUAGUUUCCUAAAUUAGCACCAAAAGUUUAGAGUAACUCAUCUGGAGACAACUUUCCAAAAUAUCGUACAUCCCCGCUGGGAAUAGACAGCCAACCGACUUGACCUUUCGCCUGUGCUUUAUUUUAUCGAUUCGAUGUCCUGUCUUUAAUGAAAAUUAAAUCUCCACUUGUUGAGUCAAAGUUUGGUACUGAGUUUCCAAGCUUCAUGAUUUCAACAUGGUUUACAAAGAUCGCUUUUUUUUCUCUGUCAAUGGUAAGUCGAUCGCCGCCGGUGCGGCAGCAUACAUCAUUUAUUCCAAAUUUACCUCACGCUGUGGAGAUCGCUUACUCUUUCUGUUUUCUCAGGAUUGAUGUGCGAGCGAAAGGUGAGCCACCUGAAAGAGCGAAAAAAAGGCUCUUAUGUUCGGUUCGUUGACGCUUUGGCAGAGCUGCGUGCGAUAAAGAUAGCAUGCUCAUUUUUACAAAAAAAAAAUGUCCGCGCAAAAAUUGCCAUCGUUAUUUAUUGCACUGAGAUGAUCAACCUCGGCAACGGUAAUAAACAUGUCUUAAACUAUAAACAGGCCAAAUCAGCAUGGAAAAACAAAGGCAAAAUCAAGUUUUUGGAUCUAAAGUAGGGUCCGCUUCAGUGAGGAUUACGAUAAUAUAACACAACUACUCCAUUCUGAGAACCACUGUCUGUGUUCUUGUCUAUAACGAUUCUCGGCAUCGAUCAGGAUAGCGAUCUCCAUUUUAUGUCUCAGAAAAGGACUUGCUUUAAUGAUCAAGGUUUGAAAUAAUAAAAGGUACACAGCAGUUAAAUAUGUUCACCAUGACUCCGGAUCCACUCGUACGAGCAUCUUGUGUUAGAGAACUUGAAUAGAAAAUGUAUCGAGGUCAUUUCCAUUACUUCACCGGCCCUAAGAUCUAUUACCCGAACAAAGCCAUGGAUUCCUCUCCUCCUCUCAAACCACCUGUAACUUUGAUUGAAAAAGGAAUAGCGAGAAUGACCCUUAAGGAAACAAAAGACAUGAGGGAAUUUGCAACAUCUCUAAGGAGAAGUGUCAGACAACAUUCUGUCAGGGACAAGAGCGAAAAAAGACACUGCCCAUCUUCCUUAUGCGAUAUCGUUUUCGUUAAAAGAAGGCGAGCCUUCUUCCAAUGUUGAAACAACCGCUUUGAUGGAGGGCCAAAAUGACGCACAACAGCAAGACCGAGAGCAGCCGUUUUCAUCCAUUUCAUCCAUCCGUUAUUUCAAGUCAAAGCAAGUGAUCGCUGUAAAGCUCAACCGCAGAAGAGAAUAUUGGCAGUUUUUCCUUGCCCUACUUUUAAAGGAUCUCCUCGUCAAGGAGAGAAAGGGAAAAGAACUAUCGUUUAUUGACAACGUCGUGUACAUUUUGUGGCUCGACAACGUUUACAUUGGUUACAAGCUCGUUUUCUCUGAGGCUUACCAAGACGAUAGGAACUCACCGCACACCAUUAUAGACCGUGCGCGUAUUGACGAGAUCAUUAAUGAUGCUUCCGGAUUGAGAUCUUACAAGGUAGCUCCCUCAAGAGAAAGCGGAUAGAAUGAACGACUGUUUAAAGGUGGCGAUAACAGUGACAUUGACUCAGAAGACUCGUCGAAAAUGAAGGAUCCGACGAAGGGUCCGAUGAGGAUUUGUGUGUUUUUCAGCACUAGGUCGGGACGUUUAGCAACACGCUUACAACUGUUUCGAUUAAUAACCAGACAUGUUGAAGAUACUUUUCCCUCGUUCAAAAUGGGUAGACCGGAUAAACGGGCUGGGUCACGUAUUACUUAUCAGUAUUUAUUAACUCUUAAAAUGAAACUGGAAAUAUAGCAAUCACAUUGUCGAAAUCACGAGAACUUAAUGAACAAGGAGAUUCUAAAGCUUUGUAAUUUUCACGUUCGUACUAAUUGAUCUUAACGCGACCAACAUUGGUCUAGUGUUUGUUAAGCUUAUCUUCGACAACAGUCCGCUCUGAUCUCCUCCUGUUUUUAACACCUGUGUCUUUUUUCUUCGGUUUUUACUGACGUUCUUUUGACGUUUUGAGCUGUUGUUGAAAUGUUUCAGUUGAUUUUGUAACCUGCUCGUCAUUGUUACAUUACCUGUCAAGAUAGGUAUCAUAGUUAUUUUUUUGUCGUCUUUUGACAAAUUUUCCAAUCUACUUGCUUGCAAGUUUGGGCUCGACCUCAAGUUUGCAAAAACAGCCACUGAUAUUACAUUUGGAGCUAUAUAGUUCUAUCAAGAAUAUCAGAAAGAAUAAAUUUAUUUGAUAUCUUGUAAUGAACAGUUUUCCUUUAACUUUAGUAUCAGAUUGAGGAAGUCGGAAAAGCUAUAAACGAGUGAACACAAGUAACACAAGAACAAGCAUUAUGCUUGUUAAUAGAGAUAAGUCAUUUUUACCUACAAAGUCCCACUUCAUUACAUAAAAGCUCCAUACAGAUGUUUUUCUCUUUUGCCUAUUUUGUGGUUUUUCCAAGCAUCAUUCAGGUCAUGUUUGUAAAGAUUUGUCAUCAAUAACUAGAGCAAGGAAGGCAUGUGCGACGAUGGAGUUGCUUGCGGAAGAGACUAGUUGCCGUUAGAGCGAAAAUUACAUUAUAAUAAUGACCAUAGCACCGAAAAAUACAACAUCAGCUCAGUUUGACAAAAAGAUCGCCGUGUGUAGCACGGUGUGGCAGUAGUGUGUAGUAUGAUGCGACAGUGUGAUACCUAUAAUCAAAUGUAUAAUCAUGAAUUAAACCUGAAAUCGAAUUUAACGAGGAAAAAUCUGGCUCACGUUCAAGGGGUAAAGAAGAAUGAAUACCAAACAAAAUUUAAAAAAGAAUAAUGAAUAAUUCGAAAAAAAAACGAAGAAGAAUGAAUAAUCAAGGUCCAUUAUUCAGCUUCCACCCCCGACUACCUUAAUUAGAACAGAGCAGCUUAGGAAAUAAAAGUGGAAAAGCAACUUCAAAUUUCUGCUUAUCUAUGCAAGAUUGGUGUGGGAACCUAUCGUAUGAAAGGAAAUUAAAAUUAUGAGCACAAACUCAGCUGCCAACUAUCAUGAGAACCAAUUUUUCCAGAAAGACCAUUAACAAUUAUAUUUAUCUAAAACUUCACUAGUAAUGGUGAACAAAGUACCGACAUGCAGGUGUAAAAUGACAGCAAUAAACAAAGCAAAAAAUCUUUUGGUUUACUAUUCAAAAACUACUGUGGCUUUUUAUACAUUUUUUGACUUACUAGAAUGAAAGAACUUGACUGAAAUCGAAUGAUUAAAUAUGGAAAGUUAAAGAAUACUUGUGUCUCAAACAAACACACGGAGGAAUCAGUAAAUUUUCCCAUAACAAUAUUUUUAGUAAUCUUUUCUUAUUCGCAUCUGAUAAUAAUGACAUGUCGUUGCCAAAAAGUCAUGUCGUCGACUCGGCUAGAAAGACUGAUUUGCAUGAAAACAAAGGAAUAGCCAUGUGACCCACCAGUAAAAUACAUUAAAGUUCACAUGGCAAUCAGGUGGAUAAUCAGACAUGGUUUGGUGCUACUCUGGUUUAAAGAUUUAAUGAAUGCAACCUAUGAGGUUACAAUUCACAGAUCCAACCUUUCGAUACUCCUGUCUAGUGCCUUCAUCAGGUGGGGAGGAGCGUGGGCGGAGUCAAUAUGUUAGAGUUCCAGACAAAGGCGCUCGCCGAUUACUGGUGAUAGUUUUAGACUUAUCCCACCCAAUUGUAUGGUUAGUCAGGCAUGUGUGCUCCGAUAAAACUGAAUUUUCUUUUUUGCAAAACAAAAUCGCGUUUUCAAACGUGUAUUCGUUGUUACAGUCCUUGCAAGGAAUAGAAUAAAUGGUGUCGGUUUGUUGUUCUUUCGUAACAGGGUCCCUAGCUUUGGCAAAAAUAUGCCCUGAAGUCUGAAAAGGGUCUUGAGCAAUUUUAACGUUGUGGCUAUUCAAAAUUAUCUUGAUGGGUUCCGUAACAACCUGAAUGUAAGGAAUAACAGCAAAACCAGUCGCUGGUUCCUUUUCAUCAGAAGUGCUAUUAGUUGUAACUAGAGAAUUUUGAAUUGAAUUUUAGAAUAACCAUACAAUUGGGCGGAAUAAGUUUAAAAUUAUUACUACAAAUCGGCUUUACCACCAGCGCCUUUGUUUGGAAGCCUGACAUGUUAACUCCGCCCGCCCUCCUUUAAAUCGUGAUGAUGGCGGCUUAUCUCCUAACUCCUUUUUGCACCUCGUCAGAAAAAAAGCAGCGAGUUUGUGAUCGUAUUAAAGGACCUCUUGUUGCAGCGUUAAGAUCACCCCUGAUAAAGGCACUAGACAGGAGAGUCGAAACGUUCGGUCCAUGAAUUGUAACUUCUUCGGUUACAUUCAUCAAAUCUUUAAACCAGAGUAGCAUCAAACCAUGUCUGAAGUCUACAGUAAAUUUAAGUCGAUGAUAUUAAAACAAAGUCAGGUAAAAAAAAUACAUAUUUCUCAAGAACCAAUUGUGAAACAAGCGGACCACUAGAAACAUGGGAAGACAUGAAAGAGCACGACUUGUAAAUACCUAUUACCCUCAUCGGUUUAAAAACUGGCUAUAGUUUUCUGGCCGAAAAAAUGGCAACUGAGAAAGCAAAUAAUAUUUUUAGCCAAGAAAAUGCUGACUUUUUAUUUUUGUCUUCCCAGAUCAUUGCCGGCGGCUCUCGUUUGGCUCACCAUUUCAUAACAAAGCACUUGUUAAUCAUGUCAUUAAGAACAUAACCUUGGGAUUGGGAAUGCGUAGUUCCUGUAGAGGGCGAUGCACUUUGAACGACAAAUGUGUGUCAUACAACAUAGGUCCUCCAAUAAAAGACCAAGUUUUGUGUCAGCUGAGUGAUUCUGAUCACAUUCAGCACCCUGAAGAUCUUGUUACACGAGAAGGGUUUGUGUAUCAAAACAGUGAGGUGAGAUAUUUCGACUGCAUAUGAUUCUAUGUUAAUCUUUGGCUUUCCCUGUGUUACUCCUUGUUUAUUUAUCCUUUCAUGAAAAUUUGUAAUCUUUUCGUCUGUUUCAGACUAACCCCUUUGAACUUCAAACUGAAGCUUUAAGUUAGGAUAUAUUCACUUCUUCUUAGAGUUUUAAUAAUUUCUGAAUUGUGUCUGUGAUUUAUCGACAGAACUCAUGCUUACAUAACCCAUGUCCUCAGAAUAUGACCUGCUUAAAUGGAUUUACGGAAAAGGGUUACCUCUGUGUAUGUCAGUUUGGUUAUACUGGGAAGAAAUGCAAAAUAGGUAAGUAUACCUAUAAAAAUGAAGAUGAAUACUAAAUUCUUAGCUCUACGGGUGACCACACUUAAGUGGAGUUCUAAAUUCUGAUUUGAAUUCCCAAAUGUGCGAAUUGCUUAUAAUUUGGUCAACUUCCAGUCGCAGUUAACUUGCACUUGUUGGAUUUGUGUCAAUUCGGAUAAAUUCGUGCAGAAAUGAAAAAGGGUAACUUCGAUGAUGUGAACCAUGAGAACUGGUCUAUACGAUAUAUUUUUCAAAUUCCCAAAUAUUUUUUCAAACUACUCCAUUCAAAACUAGAUUUCUGAACAAGAUGAAAAUAUGCUAAUUGCGUUACUAAGUUGCUGGAGUGAUUUUUAUGAAGUCCAAGUUCCCCUAAAAAAAUUUUUAUGUCAGGAACUAUAUAUGGCAUGGUUUAUUCUCGACAAUUUUUUUAUCAAUCUCAUCUUUUCCUUAGGAACUAGCUGCAGCGAUCUGCUUGACUCGUAAGUGACAAUCUUCUGGUGAAAUGAUUUACAGCAACUGAUGAAUUAGGCUGAGGGACUGAAUUUAAGGACCUCUUCCAAAGCUAAUCGUUCAACUUACGUCAUGUCAAUUCAAGCUUAAGUUUUGUCGAGAAUUAUUAGAUUGUGUCUGUUCCUCGAGCAUUUCUUUAACAGACUUAUGAUAGGGUGGGUCGAACUAUUAAACGCCACAAUGAUAAGUUGAGCAUAUGUCAUGAUCACGAACCAGGAUUUCCAAAUUAAAUGUACUGACUUAAAAAUUGAAUUCAAGAAACCAGCUUUGGAAUACGAACUGUCCCUAAUCCAGUCUUUCUAACUAAUAUUCCAUCUAGAGUUGAAGGUUCCUGAGUUGAGUGCUAAAUAUGCGUUAUUGAGGGAAAUUUCGACUGGUAAAACACAUAUUGAUCUUGCGUUUAACUAGAAUGAUUAAUGUUUAAAAAAGACUUGAAUUUAUUUAUUUCAACUGUAGGGUUCUCUUAUAUGAUAUCAAGCCCACUGACCUGAUCAUCCUAUCUAGUGAGAGCGAAGAACGAUAUGGAUAAAAUAGAGAAACGCAAACUUUCUCUUUGAUAGUUCGAAAUGAUUGCUAUACAACCUGUGAAUAUAGCUUCUCUAAAAUUCCCAUCAGGAUCUAUAUCGGUUUUUUGGAUAGUUUAAAAUCAACUGCUCUUGUUGUUCAGGUCCGAAGGUAACCGCGCCUAUUCCUUGAAUGUGGAUUCAGUUUCAUUUCCAGUGUAUUGUCAUAUGACUAGUCUUGGUACAUGCGGAGGUGGUGGAUGGACGCUGGUUAUGAAAAUAGAUGGCCGCAAGGUACUUGAAAGUUUUCAAAACACUGAUAACGUGUCAUAUCUUCAGUUGAGUUUGUAAGUACAUUUUUCUCAGAGGGCACUCGGGCGAGUGUGGUGGAGUUAUGCAUUCGCAAGAGAAAAGUCAUGUAGCAGAUUUUUUGGAUUUUCUAAUAAAUAAAUAUCGCUGGUUUUGAGCAACCAUUCAGCAUGAAUUGAAAAACUGUUAAUAAUAAAAAUUUUUCUUGUUCUUAUAAUAAAAGAACUUGUCGGCCUAAAGUAUGUUAAGAGGGUCGUGUAGACGAUAUUUACAUGUCAUAUACGUCCUCAUUUUCAAAAGCGUUUUUGAUUUAUGGAAGUUUGAAACCCGUAUAAUUUGAGUGACGCUCCACAUUGAGACAUGCAAUGUUUACAGGAGUAAACGGUAAGUGAUUCUUCAUCAUCAGGGCUUAUUUUCGUAUCACGUAAAACUGGAGUCAAAUAAUUGAAAAAUGGAAUCAAAGAACUGAUAUCCAGACUGUCGUAUUAUGGGAUCAGAUUUAGAAUGCUUUUGUGUGACAGACUAAGCAUAACAAGAAAGGAAAGAGAACUGAAUCGAAGUAACAGAGAUCGGUGUUAAUGUUUCAGAGGACCUUCCAUUAUGAUUCACAGUACUGGAGCGACAAAAACUCCUUCAACUUACCAGGAGGAAAAACUGGGUUUGACUUGCAAGAGACCAAGUUACCGACAUACUGGAAUACACCUUUCUCCAAGAUCUGUCUCGGUAUGAAGGUUGACCACCAGCUCAACUUUAUUGUCAUUAACAGAGAGGCUGAAUCUUUGUACUCACUGAUUGCUGAUGGAAACUACCGCAACACCUCAUUGGCCCGUGACACCUGGAAGGCGCUGAUUGGCUCCCAAGCUUCCUUGCAGUUUUGCUGUGACAUAGAGGGCUUUAAUUCUGACGGUGGUUAUGCAAAAACAAGAAUUGGUAUCGUUUGUAAUGAGUGUUGCAAUGCAGGCUGCGGCUCUCAUGAUUCAAGAAUUGGGUUUGGUGGAGCGGGCGGGAUGGAUGAUUCCCACACGUGUGGAAACUUAGCUUAUUGGACACCCGAUAACGGUGACAAGAAUAUCAAAGCCAUGGGAUACAUUUUCAUCCAGUAAUCAAAAGCACGUUGAUGGAAGGAAGCCUGCCUGAAAAUAACCCAUUUUUAGCACAUAUACUUCCUUUUCACUAGACCAGGCAACCAAGUAGAAAAAGGAUGCCUUGAUUUCAUUCUCAGAGUAAAUUUGCUACUAAAAAGUCGAUAGAACUGGGUACGGGUAGGAUCUCUAAUGGUUUUAUCCCCUUCCAACGUUAGUAUUACAAUUGCUUUGUUAUAUUGCUUAGCCUAUUUCAUUAAAAAAAAAAAACCGAAUUUAUCCGUCAACUGGAAUAUAAUUGUUUGUGCAGUGAAACAGCACCCUUUUCAAUCUAAAAAUAAAGUACAUAGGAACGACAAAGUUGGGGUUUUGACGAGGCUGUCGCUCUCGCACACAAUUUCGUGCUGAUUUAAACUUUCGCUUUGACUUAUGUAAGAGUCACCAACUUGAAUUUGUAUCCGAGUUUUGGAGAAAAAGAAGGAAGGGAGGUGUCCCUCCACUUUCGCAAUUUACAAUAAAGCUUUGUAUAGAGCGCUCUCGCUGAUGGAAAAUACCGCAACACCUCAUUGGGUCGGGACACGUGGAAGACACUGAUAGGCUCGCAGGCUUCCUUGCAGCUGCACUGCAACAUGGAGGGCUUCAAUUGUGAUGGUGUAAAGACUAAAACAAGGAUUGGGAUCGUUUCUAACGAGCAUUUGAAUACCUGCGAUCAAUGUGAUUCAAGAAUUGGUUUUGGUGGCGCAGGAGUACAUGACGAUAAUAACUCGUGUGGUAACGUUGCUGUUUGGAACCCUGACAAUGGUGACAAAUACAUUAAAGCCAUGGGAUACAUUUUCGUUCAGUAG